AUAUUAGCAGCGUUAGCAGCACCUAAAAUGCUUGAGCAUCCCCUGAGCCUCUUCUCUCCGCCAGUCCUCAACAUGCGCAGGUAGGACUGACUUCUGGGGGGAAUUUUGUGUCUGCCGCUCCUUCUGCUUCUGCAUCUCACCGCUGUUCCUCGCCGCUGAAUCUGACCCGUCUCCCAUCAAGGAGGCGAGUGAAACAUGGCCUUUCCCAACUCUGGUUUGAAGAGAAAGCAACCGUGGCAUCUAUCAAUGUCGGUGUGCUCCCCCGUCUGUGUGGCUCUCCUGUCCCUCCUCCUCGCCCCGGCACUUGGACAACUAGACCUCAACCGACUGGAUGGCGAUACAGUCUGCCCACCAAUGAGAAGUAGCCAAGAUGACCUUCCAGGUUUUGAUCUGAUCACCCAGUUCCAGCUGGAUGUGAUCCCUCUGAAAGGUGUGAGGAAGGUGGACGGCUCCACUGCCCUGCAGGUGGCCUACCGCCUUGACAGGGAGGCCAACUUCCAAAUUCCAACCAUGCUAAACUUUCCUCGCGGCUUCCCCGACGAGUACUCCUUCAUGGUGACUUUCCGCAUGAUUAAGAACACGGUGAACAAGGUGUGGAACGUCUGGCAAAUAGUGGACGAAGACGGCUACAAACAAGCCGGACUGAGGCUGAAUGGCGACCAGCUGGCUCUGGAGUACUUCCUGAUGGGCGCCGACGGCAACCUGCAGACCGUAACCUUCCCCGGCCUUUCUGUGCUCUUCAACGCCAAGUGGCACAAAGUGAUGAUUGGCGUAGAGCGCGACCAGGUCACUCUGUACGUGGACUGCCAGCCUGUGGAUCAGAGACCCAUCAAAGGCAAAGGCCCCAUCAACACAGAGGGAGACACUCUCAUUGGCAGGCUGGAUGCUGAUCCCGAUGCCUCCGUAGUGUUUGAACUCCAGUGGAUGCUGAUUCACUGUGACCCAAAGAGGGCCCAGCGGGAGAGCUGCAACGAGCUGCCUGCCACCGAGAUGUAUGCCAAUGCUGAGCCUGACAAAUCAGUCCAAGGGCCCCCAGGAGCCCCUGGCCCAGAGGGCCCCCGAGGGCCCGCAGGAGAAAACGGCAGAGAUGGAAGAGAUGGUCUUCCAGGUUCUACUGGCAGUCCAGGCAAUCCUGGCAGCAAAGGGGAGAAGGGGGAGAUCGGUCUUCCUGGACAGAGAGGCCUGCCGGGCCUUCCAGGAGCUAGUGGUUCUUCUGGUCCAAUGGGUCCCAUAGGGCCGAUAGGGGAGAGAGGACUUCCUGGCUUUCCAGGACCUCCAGGUCCCGCUGGCCCAGCAAGUGAAGGCCCCGCUGGACCACCAGGGAAACCAGGAAUCCCAGGAGAUGAGGGAAACAUCGGGCCGGAGGGUCAACCUGGACCCAGAGGGAAACCCGGCACCGCAGGGCCUGCUGGCCCUCCUGGUCCACCAGGGCCGGCGGGACCGCCUGGUGCCAGCAAUGAGGGAAGCGGGGAAGCUUGUCCUGCUGCCUGCCCUGCAGGCCCACAGGGACUGGCUGGGCUACCAGGGAUGAAGGGACACACAGGUUUGCCUGGUGAGCCCGGAAAAGAUGGGGAACCUGGAGCAAAGGGAGAUGCUGGAGAGGAAGGUCCUCAGGGGCCACCAGGUCGCAUGGGAGAUGAUGGGCAAAGAGGGCCCAUUGGAUUCCCUGGAAGCACGGGGGAAAAGGGAGACAGAGGUCCUCCUGGUUUCAAUGGCGUCCCAGGACCUACCGGCCCACCUGGAGCUCCUGGUGUGGAGGGAAUCCGUGGACGUCAGGGUUUGGAGGGUGCCAAGGGCGACGAGGGAGCUGUAGGACCUCAAGGAGAACAGGGUCCUGCAGGGGGAAAGGGGGACGUUGGAGAGCCUGGUAAGGACGGCUUGGAUGGACUUCCUGGAGUUGAUGGAGCCAAGGGAGAGCCUGGUACUGCUGGAGCUAGUGGUGUCAGGGGGAUUGUGGGUAUUCCAGGGCUGCCAGGGAAGCAGGGAGUAGUUGGACCCUCUGGUGCAAAGGGUGACGCUGGUGAUGAGGGACCCGUCGGGCCAGUUGGACUUCCUGGAAAGACUGGGGAGCCUGGAAAAGAUGGAGAAGAUGGGAAAACAGGAAGUAAAGGAUCAACCGGUGAAACAGGAAAACAAGGGCCAGUUGGGCCUGCAGGCCCUCCAGGCAUCCAGGGUGACAAAGGAGAUAAAGGUAGCACCGGUGCCACAGGACUGAAGGGUCAUACUGGACACAAAGGUGAUCAGGGACCUAUGGGACCAAUGGGGCCAAAAGGAAGUUUGGGGGACACAGGUAUAGCAGGAGAUCCUGGGGUCAAGGGAGACCAGGGCCCUCCUGGUGUUACUGGAGUCAAAGGAGAGCGUGGAGAGAAAGGCCAACGAGGAGCUACAGGAGACGAGGGCAGACCAGGCCAGCCAGGCCACUCCGGUUUGUCUGGUCCAAUGGGAGCUCGAGGGCUGGAAGGAGAACCAGGCAUUCCUGGAUCACCAGGCCCCAGAGGUCUUCCUGGCCCAAAAGUGAAUGACGAGAAGCUUCGGGAAAUGUGCUCAGCUGUUGUUGAAGAACAAUUAGCAGAGUUUAUGAAAGAGUUUCUGAAGAGGCCGGCAGCCAUUGGUUCCCCUGGUACUCCUGGACCGUCAGGACCUCCCGGCCCCCCUGGACCAGCUGGAGCGGCAGGAACAGCAGGGACUCCAGGUCCGGCAGGUGCCAAAGGCCAUCCAGGCUUCUUUGGGCUUCCGGGCUUACCGGGCAAGAAAGGUGAUGCUGGGGAGAAGGGAGACAAGGGAGACAAGGGAGUGGAUGGUGUAGGAAUCAAAGGAAGCCCAGGCGAACCAGGUGCACCAGGUGCACCAGGCGCUCCUGGCAUCGGCAAGGAUGGCAAGAAUGGAGAACGCGGUGAGACAGGAAGUCCUGGUGUCCCAGGAGCAGCCGGUCCAAAGGGAACUUCAGGUCCGCCCGGGCUUUGUGAUCCAUCAACCUGUAUAGGCAGACUUCCACCUUUCUACAUGGUCAGUGGAAAGAAGUCCGCCGGCUACAAAAACCCAUGAGACAUCGCAGCUCGUUGACACACUCCAGAUCUCAUCCUGCAGCGACCACGUUUCAGGGCUACUCAGAAGUACGGGCGACGUGGUGAUCUUUGGGAGGCCUUAAAUGUCUCCAUCUGAACCACGGAUCUAAGAGACGCAAAGGGAAACAGAGACAAGGCACAAUUGUAGAAUAAUGUAUAGACGUUCUAACUUGUAUGUGAUUACAGUGAGAGCUUAUCUAAUGUUCAAAGAUAGCUGCUUCUGAUGCCAAAGCAACUUCUUCCAGCCGACGACAGGCACGCAUGCCCAUGAGUUGCCCCGGAAAACUAAUAUGACAACUUGUACUCACAACUCUCUCUGAUUUCUCUCGUAUGCGUGUACUUUUUCAUUCCUUGAAUAAGCUCCCUGAAAGCAUUGCUUCUACUCUUUUAGCUACAUGUAAAGCCCACAGCACACCAGGUGCCAUUUUGAACCACUGAUUCUCCACUGUAGUCACGAGCCAAUUAGGAAGUGGAACUAUGUUUUGAGGCUUUGCUUUCAAAACAUAACUACGAAAAAAGGUUCAUGUUAACAUUUAAAAUUUUGCAGACCUGACAUGUCCAAUAAUGUGCAUUUUCUUUAGGAUCAUACAUUGUCUUGCCUGAUUUUGUCCUAUGAAUUUGUUCUUUUUCAAACAAUGUAAUAAAGUGAUAUGUUUUGGAA